AUGCGGGAGAAGUCACUGCGGGAGCUGAAAGAGAAAAAGCUUGCGCUGUAUGUUGAAAAGGGUGGUACGAACGCAGUUCCGCCAGACAAAUCUCAUUGGAUGUUGGUGAGAGUGCCAAAGACCUCAGCACGGAUGAUGGAGACGAAAGCCACAGUCGAUCUUGCAGGAACCAACGCCACUUGA